CAUGGUGGAUGAGGCAGGGGGAGGCACAGGGCUGUACAUGGGUCCCUACUUCCCCAGCCCUCAGCCCAUGAACAUCACUGUACACCUGGACACCGUCGCCUACCUUCCCUGCACUGUCAAUCAGCUUGGAGACAAGUCGGUGUCUUGGGUGAGGCAGAGGGACGCGGACAUCUUGACGGUGGACCGCUACACCUUCGUCAGGGACGAGCGGUUGACCGUACACUUCACCCCUGAUACAGGCACCUGGACGCUGGUCAUCAAGUACGUCCAGGAGCGCGACGCUGGCACCUAUGAGUGCCAGAUCUCCACCGAGCCAAAGAUGUCAAUGCUGGUCGAUCUUAACGUCAUUGUUCCGCAAGUGGAAGUGAGUGGCGCGGCGGACAAGUACGUGAGGAGGGGAUCGACCGCUCGGCUCGAGUGCAAAGUGAGCUCAACAGUUCAGCUUCCCGAUUACAUCUUCUGGUACCACUCUGGGGAGCGGCUGCUGGAGUACGACAACCCCAGAGUGAAGUUUAGAGUGUCGAGGCGAGGCGGGCAGGGCAGUGAGAUGAGUGUCACAUCUACUCUGGUGAUCUCCAACGCCAGGCCCUCAGACGCCGGCAACUAUACCUGCCUUCCCUCCAAUCUUCACCCUGCCACCACGCUCCUCCAUGUCCUCAAUGAUGAGCACCCGGCAGCGAUGCACACUGGAGGAGUGACGACAACAGAGACUCCCCCUGCCUGGGGAGUACUCUUGGCGGUGGUACUCAGUAUAGUGACGGUUCACGUCAACCCGCUCACAGCCCACGCCUGUGAUGGCGCGCCUUUCCACAUUCCUAGCGACGUAGGCGAUGACGAGGUACAUCUCUCCAGCAGAAGGACUGAAUGCAGAAGGGACUCGGCGUCUGGACUCAUAGCAACAGUCUGUCAUGUCUCUCUCCCUCAUUGCUAUCCUCGUGAGAGCCUGGACCAACCGUCCUCCUCCAGGAGACAACCGGCUUUUGUCCCGUGGUGGCGGAGAGCAACAGGUUGUGAAGGCAUUGAGAGGCAGGGUCAUCCUGUUUUCCUCACUCUGUCUGUUUCAAUGCUUCACACUACAUUCACAGGUAGCGAUACAAUUGAUUCAAACUAACACACACACACACACACACACACACACACACACACACACACACACACACACACACACACACACACACACACACACAUACAUUGUGUAUUAACCCUGAGUUUUAUAAUUUUGUAUAAUAUUUUGUUUAGAAUCUUAAGCUGGAAGCUUCCAUUGUAUAAAUGCAUAACCUUACAUGAGCAUUAUAAUUUUUUUGUAUUGCAAUCUUCUCUAUAUGCAUCCUCAAAAGUGCAAUGUUCUUCACGCAAAGCUUCAGGUUAAUGUAAAUCUGAGUGAGUUUUAUAUUCAUUUCAUCACAUAUAUGCCAUUAAAAAACUUACUCUUGAGUUUGGAUUAAAAGGCCUUUAAUUCUAAUGUUUCCUCAUACUUUUAAUUUCCAUUUUAAAUGGCAGCGUUGAAGAUAAUGUGGUCAGUGUUAAAUGCUCAAAAAUUGAGUUGGAUAAGAUUAUAUUGUAUAGCUUAAAUUGCAGAGGAAAUUUUAUUAUUUUUCCUGAGUUUUAUAGUGUUGAAUAUCGCAAAUAAUAGACCCUGGAAGAAUUAUUAUUGUGGAAAAAAUGUCAAAGAUGCAGUGAGAGCCAUUUUUUCCAGAGGACAUACCAUAAGGAAUUCCUGCCCAGAAGUUCCAAUUCGUUGAAUUGUUCAGAAAUAAAAUACAAUUCUCAUCGCCAAUGGUGUACACAGCUCAGCAGACAAUGAUCUGAAGCCAAUGUUUUGCAGUAUAUUUGACGUCAUAUCACGGCGUCAAUACAUGACGUCAAUAUCACGGCUCUCACAGACGUCAGUACGUCAACCGUCACGUGACGCUGAAAUUUUCUGAGCCAAAAUCCAUAGUGUUUUAGAGAUUGAUAUAUUGUUUCAUAAAUAAUGAGCUCAUUUACUUCUUGUGAUUUCUGAUGGCCAAUCACCUUGAGUUUCUUGCAUAGUGAAUAAUACCCUGAGAGGUGAUUUGCAUUUCUGUAUUAUUAAUUUAAUUUCUGAAUCUAGUUUAUGUAAUUUUUCCAAAAUAGCUGUUGUUUGACAUUUUUUCCACAAUUAUUAUUUUUGUUUACGAUAAUCUUUAAUUGUAAUACACAAAAGCUAAGGUUUGGUUUGAAAUUUCAAACUUAAAAUAUAUAUCUAAUAUUGUAAUUUUACUUAGAAUAAUUAAUACUUAUUGUAUUUUAUGUUUUAGUUUGUCCCAUCCUGUAUACUGCCUCAAGAUAUUUUUGUUUAAUUCAAUGUUGUAAACUACCAAUUAAUGUGUUACUACCAAUGACCUGUUUAAUCACAUGUGCUCUCCUACGGUCUUUCUAUUUUCGUUCGUUUUUACGACUCGUCUAGUUCGUGUUUACAACUCCAGCUUACAUUGGCUGGUAAACUGUUCUCUUGAGUUUACUACUGUCUAAGUUUACAUAACACUGUUAUUUUUAUUAUUUAUGUCCAUGAUAAACCUCAGAAUGUACUGUGCUCGAACAAAUUCAUUCAGUAUGUGGUUUCCUGAAUAUUGUUUUACAAACUGUUGUAUCAGUGUACGUUGGUAAGAUCAUCAAGGUUGUCUCUAUAAGACAACGGAACCGAGGUCACUGUAAUGUUUGGAUACAUAAAUGUGAGAAUGAGUGGAAAUACUAUUUGUGAGUUUUUUUUAUAUCCUGUACAAGAACAAAAUGUAUUUUAACAAAAAUGAAUGGAAUGGAUGUGCAUUGUUAAGUGAUUAUACUCUGGAGAUUCGUGUCCUACGGUAUAUUCGUAGUUGCUUGAUGCUUUAUAUAUACAUUCUAGAUAGAUAGAUAUUCGCUGCGAAGUGCACCAUAUACACACUGCUUCUAUUGUAUCAUCCCAGAAAUAUCUCUGCCCAAAAAAGUAUAUAUAUUAAGAGCUACAUCUCAUCUUUGAGUGAAUAUACCUUCAGAGCUCCACCUUACAUGCCACUGUAUAUAAACUGAGAGCUGAAUGCCUUAUAUAAGUGAACAUGUGUAAGUAUCCACUAGGAAAUUGAAACGACAGAACGACAUAACCAAGGCAUGUUUCUUUUUGUGAUUAUUCUUGCAUAAAUGAAUAUUCAUUGAGAGAUCA